AGUUUUUGGCAGAACCUCCUGCGUUUUUUGCUCUAGUGAGGUUUGUGGACGCCUUGCUGGAUCUCUGGGAUCUUUGAGAGCUGCAGCUGCUUCUUCUUUCUGCAGUGAAAACUUGAUAAAACAGCCUCAUCAGAGCAGAAAGAAGCAGCAGGGAUGUCGGUGGAACUUUAUUUGGACCUUUUCUCUCAACCCUGUCGCUCCGUUUUUAUUUUUGCAAAGAAGAACAAGAUUCCCUUCGAGUUCCAGAAGGUUUCUCUGAUGGACGGUGAGCAUUUUGGAGAUGAAUUUGGAAAGAUCAGCAUGAUCAGAAAAGUUCCUGCACUUCGAGAUGGAGACUUCUGUCUGGCUGAAAGUAUCGCCAUCAUGCUCUAUCUGGCUGAGAAGUUCCAGACUCCAGACUUCUGGUACCCGGCGGACCUCCAGCAGCGCGCUCGAGUCAAUGAGUAUCUGUCCUGGCAGCACACAGCCAUCCGGAUGUACGGAUCCAAGAUAUUCUGGCUCCGGCUCAUGAUUCCUAAAAUAAUGGGUGUGGAAGUCCCAAAGGAGAAGAUGGAUGGAGCCUUGGAGGACCUGAACAACUCCCUAAACCUCAUCGAAGAGAAGUACCUCCAGGACCGGGCGUUCAUUGUGGGAGAGCAGAUCUCUCUGGCCGACCUGGUGGCCAUCGUGGAGAUAAUGCAGCCGGUGGGUGCUGGUCUGGAUGUUUUCAACGGGAGACCCAAGCUGAGCGCCUGGCGGGACAGAGUCCAGGCCUUCAUUGGGAAGGAGCUCUUUGACGAGGCCCACCAGGCCAUCCUGGGGGUUCAGGAGAACAUGAAACAGUUUGAUCCCAGCAAGCUGGAGCUCUUCAAGCCUAAAAUCCUCAGGUUAUUCUUCUGAGCAGGACAGCAUUGAUGUAAUCCAAAAUAAAACUAAGCAGCUCUUCAGACGUCAUAAUAAAACCUCGUCUCUCUGUUUAAGUUUGUAUCCCAAUGGUCCCGUUUAUGUAAGGGUUGUAAAACAAAAGCUGGAGGUCCUGGAGGCAAACGACUGAUUAUGUAAUCGGGGAAUGUGAAAUGUGACACUUUUGAGAUUUCUGGAGUGUCAGUCAUUAGCUAAUCUGUUCAGUGCUGCUUUGAUAACCCAGCUACACGUUUCAGCUUUAAUCUGAGGUAAUCCUGAUGUUUCAAUAAACCUUGUUAUCUGUGUA